GGACUAUUUGAGGAUUGUAAAUGGCAGAGUUGCAUUCCUCAGCAGAUUGGCAAAUAAUAUAAAUGUUCACAGAGUAUAAACUGCUUUUUUACCCAUUUGCUGGGCUGGAUCCCUAGCUGGGGGAGUGUCCUGGUUCCCUGGAUGAAAUGUGAAGUUAUCCUCUUGUCCUCACCAGGUUCCAGGAAAAGAUAGAAGGGCUGCAUGACUGGGGGUAACAGGAGGAGCCUGCCAUCAUGUAUGGGAAUGUCCCCUGCUUUCACUCUCCAGUGCUCAGUGUUUCCCAUCAUCUCUGUCUCUUUCUCUCCUCCUGUCCCCUCCUAACUCUCCCCAUCCCCCUUGAUAAGAAAUGCUUUCUCCACAACUCUUAGAAUUCGCUGAGUGAUCUUGUGUUCUUUCGAAAUCCUGCUCUGUACCUUGCCCCCUCCUUCCCUCCCAGUCACUUGUUGCCUGUUAUAUGGGCAGCUCUCAUUCCCUUCCCUUCUCUCAGCUCCGGAUCGCUCCAAGACCGCAGAAGGUUCCUGUCUGCUGACCUGUGAGUGUGCCCUCCUCCCCUCCACUCAUCUCUGACAUCCUUCCCCAUACCCCAUCGAACACUCUCCACCACACAGACACUCACCCAGUCCAUUCAGGACUACACUCACCUUCACACAGCUUCACUUCACAGUAUUGUCUCCAAAUCCCAUAGCUUCCACUAACCCCAUUACACUGUCACACUGAGCUCAUCUCACAGUGGGUUUACACCACAAUAGGUAACAGGCAUCAUAUAGCACAGCAGCUACUGUAAACUACAACACCCAUAGCUCUAAGCCAGCCACAGACUGAACUUAAUGAGAGUGUCAGUUUCAGCAUUCCCCAUGGCUAUCUCUAAAACUAACUGUUACUGUCUAUCUAUCAUCUGUAUACUAAGUGGAAGGCACAUUGCCAUACAUUGUUAGUGCUGUUACUCAACAGUGUUCAUGAAUGCAGAUUGUUAAAUGGGGGAAGAUUGAUUAUAGCUACCGGGGAACGUGUAAUGUCAGGUUAAUUGUGCAUAGUGAAUAGUGCAAGGUGCAGUUAUUAGUCUAUUACUGGGAAUCAUUACAGGAUAACAUGUUAUGCAGGGAUUAGAAGUGCCAGCUAAUUAGUAAAGAAUGCAGUACAGGGAUCACAGAUUACAGCUGAAAGGCUCUGGAAAUUUUGUUUUCUCACUAGGAGAGCUCUUAUCAGGGUACUGCUCGCAAGGCACUGGCUUAAUCACUAACUUCCUUGAACUCUUCUUGUUUAUCAUUUACCUGUUUGCAAAGAUGCUGGCUCAGGUUAUCUUCAUUAUUAAUUAUUUAUAACUUUCUAGAUAGUAAGCUCUGUGGGGCAGGUGCUAUUUUUUUGGUUUUUAGAAAAGUUGUAUUUCAUAUAUAAUGUAAACUGAAUGGGGCUUUAGUAGUGAUGCUAUUUAAAGUUAAAAAAUAAAAUAAAAUAUAUUGUUAGUACACUAACCAACCAAAUAUAUGUAAAAUGCUUAAAGGACCAAUCUUGGCACCAUAACAACUUCAAUUUUUUAAAAACAGUUCAAACCCCACAGCUCUCUUGAUGGUACCUGUCUGCUUGGUCCCUCUUCUCUGGCCCUGGCUCCAGUCCAGAAGCUUUUCCUGGGCUGCUGGUGAUAGGCUGAGGGCUUCAGCUGACAUUUUCAGUGUAUUCAUGUCUUGGCUUCAUGUCAGGAAAUGUGCUUUAGAAUUUAGAUAGUUUUGUUUCUUUUAAAUUGCCGCUUCUCUGUUUGCUGGUUAGACUUCCUUUUUUAUAUUCUCUUUUCGUUAAAGGGACACUCUAAGCACCAAAACCACUACAUUUUAAAGUAGUAGGUUUGGAACAUAAACCCUGUUGCUUUUGUCUGGGAAGCAUGAUAAUGCUGAAUGCUCUUAAUGCAUGUUUAGAGAUGCCUUGCAUUCAGUGCCUCUCUAUGAGAAGCAAUAGAUUAACAGACCAAGGCAAGUGCCAUGCAUGUACCAUAAGUCACCAAUGCUUCUGUAUUAGAAUUUGUAUUUUUAAUAUACAUUUGCUUAUAAUAAACGGGGGCCGGAAUUGUAAAGCAAAAAUCACCACGUUUACAUUUAAAAUGAAUAUAUUUAUUUUGAACUUUAAAAAAAGUUUACAAUAGUGCCCUCUGCUCCAGUGGUGGAUCCAGAGCCUGAUCUCGGGAGGGGCAAUUGUAGAUUAUUUAAAGAAAUAAUCCAUGUAUAAUAACCACUACAGCUCUGUGUACUCUGUGUAGUGGUGAUGGUGCCAGGAGUGCUGGGACCCCCUCUCAGAGUAAGUAGUCAAACUGUUUAAGAACAGUUUGACAACUUACCUGGGAUCUGCUAAGAUAUGGGGCUGUAGUAGGGCAUAGGAGCAGUGGUGUGUGAGGGAUGCAGUGUGUGUGAAAGGUUCAGUGUAUGUGUGUUGGGGUGUAGUGUGUGAAUGUGUAGGGUGUGUGGGGCAAUUUGUGUUUUGGGCAGUGUGUGUGUGUGGAGCAAUGUGUGUAUAGGGGGCUGUGUAUGUGUGUGUGGGGCAAUGUGUGUAUGGGGGGCUGUGUGUGUGCGUGUGUGGCAAUGUGUGUAUGGGGGCUGUGUGUGUGGGGGGCAGUGUGUGUAUGGGGGUAUUGUGUGAAUGUGUAUGGUAUGUGUGGGGGCAGUGUGUGUAUGGAUGGGCAGUGUAUAUGUGUGUGGGGCAGUGUGUGUGUGUGUGGGGGCAGUGUGUGUAUGGGGGCAGUGUGUGUGUAUGUGGGGGCAAUGUAUGUGUGUGGGGGGGCAGUGUAUGUGUGUGUGUGGGGCAGUGUGUGUAUGGGGGGCAAUGUGUGUAGCGGGGAGCAGUGUGUGAAUGUGUGGUGAGGUGGGGAGGGGAGCUUUUUUAUAAUUAAAAAAAAAAAAUUCUCGAUCCCUGGUGGUCCGGUGGGAAAUCCUUGCUGGUCGCAGUGGUCUUGCUGGGCGCAGCUCCAGGGCUAGUGUGCACUCUCGCGAGAUCCGGAGCAUUGCUGCAGUUACCACGGCAACGCUCUGUGCUCGCGAGAGAAGGAUCCGGAGGAGCUGCAGGCUGAGCUCCCGGGUCCUCUCUCCCUCUGCUGCCGGCUGCCAGCACGAUCAGUGCCUGCGAACAGGGGAGAGAGAUCUCUGAUCUCUCCUCCGGUUCUUGAAGGCACGUUGCAGGGCUGGCUCUUGGACAGUGACAGCCCUGCAUUAGCCGGUAGGGGAGAGCCUUGGCCUGCCUUGUAAUCUUGAAGCCCCCUCUCCCCCCCAACCCUGGAUCCGCCAAUGCUCUGCUCUUUCCUUCUCUCUGGCCAGCCACAGAUUUAAUACUUCUGAUGAAACCUCCAGGGUGAAACGCAUAAAUCUGGAUUGCUUUUUAUAUUUAUAUUUUAUAUAUAUAUCUUGUUUAUUAUAAUAAAAUUAAUCCUUUUAAAUAUAAAUUUAAUCUAUUUAGAAUUUUUUUUGGCUUCCUGAUCAACAUAUAUCCCAGGUGGGGAUCAUACCCAGGGCCGGUGCAAGGAUUUUUGGGUACAUAUGCAAAAAUUAAUGUUUCCGCCCCCCCACUCUAAAAAUAACAUAUUCACAUAUGUGCCUCUUAACCAGCCCCUCUCUCCUCCCUGUCCAUUAGUGGUCCUCUCCCUUUCCUGUCCCUUAGUGUUCCUCUCCCCCCCUCUUUUCCCUGUCCCUUGGUGUUUCUCUCCCCCCCCUUUCCUGUCCCUUGGUGCACACCCCACCCCCUUAGUGGUCACUCCCCUUCCUUGUGUGCUGCCUACCUCUCUUGUAGCAUUGCCGAGCAGAGCAGAUCCUCUACAGGAACUUCAGUUUUCUGUACCCGACUGGACUGACAGGAAGUGCUCUCUCAGUGAGCACCUCCUGUCUGUCUGGCCGGGUACAGGAAACAGAAGCUCCUGUACUGUGCUUCGCUCCGCCACGCUACACCCAGUUUUGUAUACACACCAACAGUUACACACACUCAAUGACAAACACACAGACGUCACUGGCAGACACAGACUCACUGAUCUGACACACACUCAUUCAUUGACACACACACCCAUACUGAUAGACACACACUGAUUGACAGACACCGAUAGUCACACACAGACUCAAUGACAAACAUACUCUCACUUAUUUGACAGACACUCACAAACACACACUGACAGACACACACUCACACUGACAAACACACUCAUACACUGACAGACACACUCAUACACUCACAUGCACACACAUUCAUACAAUCACUCACACAUACACUUACAGACACACACACACACACAUACAGACACACACACUCACAGACAAACACAUACACACACACAUUCACACAUACACUUACAGACACACACACUCACAGACAAACACACACACACACUCACAGAUAAACACAUACUCACACACAAAUUAUUAAUAUUAAAUGUCCACCCAGCCUCCCUACCUGGAGAGCUGGCGUGGAUAUGUCCCUGGGGUCCAUCUUCAGUGCGGCAGGCGGCAGAGUUCCUGUCAGACUCUGCGAGGGAGCUCUAACUUCUCUAAUCUUUGCGUGUUGUCUACUGAUCGCAGAAUCCGGAAUAUGACGUCAUAUUCUGGCUCCCGCGGCAUCAUCAAACAUUGUGCAAGGGAGCAGAGCAGAGAGGUUAGAGCUCCCUCGCCGCAUCUGAUUAGAACACAGCCGUGCCGGGGGUCCAGAAGGUGGCCUGGCAGGAAGGAGCGCUUCCCUCCUGCCGGUCACUGAAAUCUUGUGCCCCUAGAGCCAGUGCCUUAUGGACGAGCCGGCCCUGAUCAUACCACCAAAGUGCUUUAUACUAGAGCAGGUCUAUGCUUUAGUUCAUGUGAGUAAGAUACCAACCUUUUCAUAUAUGCACUGCCACUUUGAUAUACAUAUUGCACUCCUGGAUAUUCCAAUUUUUGUCUUUACAUAUUUGAGACACAGAUAAAGUCUAGAACCACUGUAGCUGAAAAUAUAUCCAGUGAUGGGGAUUGUACCGUAUAUGCCCUGCACAGCAGAGCUCUUUGUAGCUUUAUACCUUGUGAGUGAGUUUUUUGCUAUAGCACUCUACUUCACUGUAUUAAAGACAUACUGCACUAUUAUUGUCUCUCUUUUUCCUUUAUCUUUGAGAUACCAUGCACUGUAUAACAGCCAAAGACUUCGUAGACUUUUUUUUUUUUUUUAAAGUAUGUACAUAUGAUUUAUAUUUGACUUCAUUUAUGUACAUUACUGUGUUUUAAGGCGCGGUUAUCUAUUUUUUUGUAUUUGUCUUCAGCCACAUAUUAUCAAUUUUUUGUUUGUAGAGUUGGAAUGUACAGUAAUAGACCUCCUCCCUGCUGCUUAUCUGUUUGGCAACAAAAAGCUAUUCCCUGGUGGUCUGUGGAUUGAAAUUACAGUCUGCGGCUUCUGAGAAGCAAACUGUAUUUAGUUCGCUUUCUGAACGCAGUCUGAAUGAAUCAGUGUGCUGCUGAGAUACGACAUCAAACCUGGCUGUUUUGCUCUGAUUUCAUACAGAGUGCAAACCAUCCCGAGACUGAUUAGCCCGUCCAACACAUAGCACUGCGCACUUUGCCAAUGCUAUAAUGGGGGAAUGGGUUGUUUUUGGUUUGGAGUGAAUUUAACAUGCAAUAGUUUACUAUCCCAGCCAUCAGGUAUUGUAUGUGGGUAGUGGCUAGGAAAGAUAAAUUCUUCAUGCUGGCCUCUAUUAAGUCCACCCCCAAAGGUACGAGAAAUUCCAAUCGAUAGUGCCAGUUCUUAAAUGCAGGGUGGGGCACAAGUUCCCAUUGCCAGGCCCAAAGACUUCUGGCACCAUGAUCUCCACAAUAUCCUGUAGUGGUUUUGGUGCUUGGUGUGUCCCUUUAAUUUUAGAUUAAUUUUAUCAUUACAUUAUGUACUUAUAAACAUAAUAUAUACAAUGUAAUAAUGCUUUAGUAACAAUAUAGUUUUGUUGAUCCUGUAUCUCAAUUGUAACUCAAAACAAAAAUGUUGUUUGAAGUUGAGGGAGUGGCAGCAUAACCAAAUUAAAAGAUGAAUAUAUAUAAUGUAAAUCUACUUUUUUUUUUUUUUACUUUUCAUGGGGGGUGGGGGAGAAUGCUGGUAUCUCACUCACAUUUUCAUGAGCUAAUAUGCCCUUAGCUCAAAAUGUAUUAGUGUCAGUCGUGUUAAAGGGACACUCCAGACCCCAAGAGCAUUUUAGCUUGCUGAAACGCUUUAUGUGUGAAAAGUGUGCUCUUUUUUAUCAUUGGUACUUUUAUAAAUGAAUCUUGUUAUACCUCUUUCCUGUAGAGUUUCCCUUUAACUCCCUGCCAUUGGACUGUAGAAAGGUGAUGCCUCUCCCACAAAGGCUCUAGGUAUAAGAUGCACAUAUACUGACAGGAUGCUGAGCAAACAACUGUGCUGACUGUGCAAAGGCCUGAGGUGGAACUAUCCCCACCUCCUGCAGCGAUCAGUCAGUGGAUGAGAUGUCCAGAGAAAAGUAAAUACUUUAAUAAAUAGCUUAAAAUGCAAAAUUAAUCACAAAUAAUACAAAUAACAUCACGAUGGCUUUUGCCACUAUGGGCUUUUUCACAGUGCUUGAAACUGGCUUUUUACUGUGUGUGUUUUAAAUAGCAGGGAUUACAGUAUACUUUUUUAAGGUUUUUAUGUUGUUUUCUCUAUGAAUGAUAUGGGAAAAUUAGAAUUAUAAUAGAGAUAGGUUAUAUAUAUAUAAACAAAAACAGUAAAUCUCUUGCACUCUAGCUCCUAUUCCCCUUAAGUGCCAGGAGCUAUAAAGCCAGGGCUCCGUUUAUCCAUGUAUCCAUAGAGGUAACUGUACUCACGGUCUUUCAAAGUCCAAUCUUUAUUGAGAUGUUAAAAUUAAGAUCAAUGUUUCAGUCCUCCGUUUGGGAUUUUCAUCAGGAUCAUCAUUCUGAUGAAAGUCCCAAACGGAGGACUGAAAAGUGGAUCAUGAUUUUAACCUCUCAAUAAAGAUUGGACUUUGAAAGACCGUAAGUGCAGCUACCUCUAUGGAUACAUAUAUAUAAUAAAAUUGUUUGAUAAUGACCCUAUAGUGUCAAAACAUUGAUGUUUUUGGACAUGUAUUAGUAAAAGUUUUGUUCAUGAUUUGAAGUCCCUUAAAUGACCACCAUAGUGCCAGGAAAACAUACCCAUUUUCCUGGCACUAUACUGCCCUGAGGGUGCCCCCACCCUCAGGUUCCCCCUCCCGCCGGGCUCUGGGGAGAGGAAGGGGUUAAACACUUACCUUUCUCCAGCAACGGACGGGGAGCUUUCCUCCUCUUCUUCCUAGCGACGUCAUCGGCUGAAGGCGCAUGCGCGGCAGGAGCCGCGCGCGCAUUCAGCCAGUCUUAUAGGAAAGCAUUCAUAAUUCACAAUGAGACAGCCACUAGAGGCUUUAGAGGCUGGAUUAACCCUCAGUGUAAACAUAGCAGUUUCUCUGAAACUGCUAUGUUUAUUAAAAAAAAAAGGGUUAAUCCUAUCUGGACCUGGCACCCAGACCACUUCAUUAAGCUGAAGUGGUCUGGGUGCCUAUAGUGGUCCUUUAAGUGCUGCCAAUUUAUUUUUUAUUUUUUUCUAUUGGUGUGGGUUAACACCUAAGCAGAUUGUUGUUUCUAUAUUUUAUUGAUGAGUGCUGCAGAUAUAUUUAUAUAUCUGUUUAUACACAGAAUUUAGGAAUCUUGAUGUUAAACCUAUAAAUAGAAAAGUGACAUAGUGCAUAGUCUAAUGGGCAGAAAACGCAAACUCUCCAUUUCAUUCACGGGUAAAGAUAAUAAAAGCGCCUUAUGGGUGACUCCCUCGAUUGUUGUAGGGGGCCAGAGUUUCUCCUUUGGACUUCUCUUUGGACCGGUCUUUUUAUUCACCAAAAAUGAUUUACCAGAGUUGUCUUCCGAAAAAAGGAUAUUUAUUAAACCAACUUCUAUAAUUACACAAUAGUGUUAAAAUAGGGUCGUCCUACGGGUUUUGUUCUCACAUAAAAACUUCCUAAGGAACCUCAGAGUAAUUAAGGCAUAUAUAUUCUUGUUUAAAAUUGAUAACAUUAAAGUAAAUUAAUCAAUGUGUUUUUUAUUCGAUAUAUGUUGAUGUAUGUUGCCAUGGUAACCUGUAAUUGUAUGUCCAGAAUCUCAAAGGCAGAUAGCAAUCUAAAAACAUAAUUAUAUAAUGUUAAUCCUGUAAAUAUUUAGAGUAAAAAUUAGAUUCAUCCCUAACCUUAAUUGUAACCAUGACCUUAAUGCAUACUCUAUUUUACAUGCUCUCCCGCAACUCCAUUGCUAAAAAUAUAUACAGCAUCCAUGUAGAAUAACUAACAUAAGUCUCAAUUUAAUAAGCUUUCUCAAUGAUUUCAGUACAUUGUUUUCUAAUGAUAUAUCUACAAUGGUGACUUCUGUAAAUAAAUCAUUUGGAAAGUUUUUGUAACAGUAUUGAAUCAUUUGGAAAGUUUAUUAAAUCGAGGCUAUAGUAGGUAACAAAUGCACUACUCAAAUGGAUCUCUGGACUUUGUACAUCGGAGCAUUGUCAUUUACUCUGGAAUAUCAUACGAGAUACACAGAUUAUAUCUAGGGCUCAUAUAGCCUAUAACAGAUAUCAGACAGAAUAUGCUGACAGCUUGCUUCACCAUGAAAAGCAUAAGGACACAACAAUAAUGUAAGGCAGAAACAUACAGUUCUGGAAAUGAUUACAGUUAUUAACCACAUGAAAAAAGGAAAAACAUUUACAUUUCAUUUCAGUAUAAGUUCAAACAAUAGCCUCUGACUUCUUUUAUUUAAAACGAUUACACAAUAACCACAGAUCACAAGGGUUAUUCACUAAAGUGUGAAUCAACAUGAAUUUCAAGUCAAUUUCAAAUAUGAGGCCAAUAUAGUGAAACUUGAAACAUUCUUCAAGUCAGGUAUCUUUUCCAUUUGGCUAAUUUUGCCUAAAAUGUGAAACUGACUUUAAUUUUACCCUUGAGCUGAAACCUAUGUUCACAGUGAAUUGGUGGAAUAAAUAUUAAUCUUCUUGCCUUCUGCUUUCUUCUAGCUGGACAUGCUGUUCUCUCGCUGAUGCAUUCCAACAUGGCCAAAUCCACCAUCUACACUCCGGCUUGCACGGAGGAACCCACUCAGAAUGGGAAAGAGCAAUCCUUAUCGGAUACUGGCUCUCAGGAGUCCAUGAAAUUGAAGAAAGAAAUCUCACUUCUAAAUGGAGUGUGUCUUAUAGUUGGGAACAUGAUUGGGUCUGGAAUCUUUGUUUCACCCAAAGGAGUUUUGAUAUAUAGUGCAUCUUACGGCCUAUCACUCGUGAUUUGGGCAGUUGGUGGUGUCUUCUCUAUCUUUGGUGCCUUAUGUUAUGCUGAGCUGGGUACCACCAUCACCAAGUCUGGUGCGAGUUAUGCCUACAUCUUAGAAGCAUUUGGCAGUUUUGUAGCCUUUAUCAGACUUUGGACAUCCCUUCUUAUCAUCGAACCAACCAGCCAAGCUGUCAUUGCAAUCACCUUCUCAAACUACAUGGUGCAACCCAUCUUUCCAUCAUGUGAAUCCCCCUAUGCAGCUAACAGGCUUUUGGCAGCAGCCUGCAUUGGUAAGAAAGCUGGGCUAAUGUGGUCAGGGACAUAGCAAAAAUAAAUAGGGGCAAAAUCUGAGACAUGAGGUGUUAUAAGUAAU